UCGGUAUUGCGAUAUCUAUAGAGGCUAUUUCCGCCUCGCCCCUCCAUUACCCGCCGAUUCAUAGAUAAUGCCUCCGAUACCCCGAUUUCUCCUCCCAAGGCCACUCCUCCACUUAAGCACCCCCCGCAUCCUCACACGGUACCCCUCGCUCAUCCUUAAUGCCAGUACCAACGCCAAAAAACGGAAGAAGCGAGCCCCAGAAAAGAUCAUAAGAACCACGUCCCAGCUACCCCAGACUGGCAAAUACCUUUCCCUUACAGAAUCCCUGGGCAACUCCGAUCGUCCGGCGAUCCUCCUUUACGCACAUCACAACCGCAAGUUUCUCCUGAGCUGCUACGGCCUCUCGAGCGCCAUGCUGGCGUGGUCGUACUACACCUACCACACAAACAUUGAAAAUUCAAGACCGGGGUUACCCGUUUGGGUGACUAAAGUUAGCUGGGGGAGCAUCACUCUCAUGACCGUGAUGGCUGUGGCUGUGGCAUUUUACCCCACCCGGUUAAUACAGGUCAUCUACGCCCACCCCAUACCAGCGACCGUCACUCGGCCAGCGAGCGUAUCGCUGACCCUCCACCGCCGUCCAAUCCUACCCACACUUCCUGUGAAGAAACUCCACGUGGCUUCCCCUAACAUGGUAACUCUGGGGGAACCUAUUCACCCAGCCAUAAGACCCGCAGCGAAACCUGUUGUUGUCGAGGAAAGACAUACAAGGUGGCAGAAGGUCUGGAGUAAGUUGAGCCCGGCAAAGGUCUUCGCAAGAGCGGUGAAUGGUAUUUCUACGAGCGGAUUUAUCUUGGUGAAGGUAGAAGGGAUGGGAAGUUAUAGGAUUCAUAAGGAUGGGUGGGUAUGGGAGAGGAGAGGAUUGGAUAGAAUCUUCAAGGCGAGGAAUCCCGUGCAAAUAUAAACACAUGAGGGUUUGCGCAGAUUGGGGUCGGAAGCGAUGCUCUAGCCCAGCGCACUAUUAAUAUAUGUGGGCACUAUCAUUUAUGCAUUUGCCCUAUUCUGUAGCGCCUAGUAUAAUGAGAGAUCCUAAAGACUCAAGUUAAUUCCCUUGAUCAAAAUUAUCAUUCAGUGGGGUUAUCGCUAGAGAUUUUGUGCUGGGAUCGGAGCCGGUUACGGUAGUCAGUCACGUGUUAGUGUUCACCCUGGUCCGUGCUUUUCGCGGGAUUUCGUUGGGAAAACCCGUAGUCUGAUCUUUCGAUCCCAACUUCCACGAAACAUCCUCCAUCUCCUUUCCAUCCCAUAUAAACAACCACUCCCUCCCUCCCUCCCUCCUACAGUCUUCACAUGGCAUCAUCAAUCUGCCGUCUAUCCUCCCACCUCCCACUACAGUUACGACUACAUGUUUUUAGACGAGGCCUCACAACAACCGUUCGCCGGAAUGUAGCCUCAAACCUUCUCAUGCCAGCUCUAAGCCCUACAAUGACCGAAGGCACAAUUAGCCGUUGGGAGCUAAGAGAAGGCGACACCUUCUCCGCUGGGGACGUCUUGCUAGAGAUCGAGACCGACAAAGCUCAAAUGGACGUCGAAGCCCUGGACAACGGUAUCCUCGCAAGGAUAAUGGUCAAGGCCGGUAAUAAAGCGGUUCAAGUUGGUUCUCGAAUUGCAGUGCUGGCGGAGCCAGGUGACGAUCUCGCGAAUUUGGAAAUGCCACCGGAGAACAAUGACACCGGGAGUCGUGCCAGCACUUUGGCGAGGGAAGAAAAAAAGAUCAACGAGAACCCCAAGGGGAAUACCAGGUCUCCUAGGGGGGAGGAUAGACCAAGUGUCGUAGAGAGCUCAGAUGAGGGCGCUCCGAGCACUACUGGGACCAGCAAGGCGCAUACCCCCUCACCUAGCGUUGCUCACUUAAUUAGGGAGCACAAGAUUUCCGAAGGUGAUGUUUCUGCAAUCGCAUCUACGGGGCCGAAAGGGCGGUUGCUAAAGGGGGAUAUAUUGGCUUACCUGGGCAGGGCUAAUAAGGCUUACCUAAAGGAUCUUGAAGGACGGAUCCACAAGUUAGAGAAGUUAGACUUGAGUAAUAUCAAAAUUGCACCUCCGAAGAAGGAUGUGGGAGAGAGCGCCAAACAAGUAGUAGAGAAGGGGCCGGUCGUAUCAUUUGGCGAAGUCCUUAAGGUUCAGGAUAAGCUCCAAGCAGUCCUCGGCCUUCACAUGCCCCUCUCCACCUUCAUCAGCAAAGCGACUACAAGAGCAAACCACUCCCUCCCACCUAUGUCGUCCGCAUCUGACAUCCUCGACGAACUCCUUAACCUCCCUUCCACGACCUCUUCCCGACCGGCUAAAUUCCAGCCGAAAAUUACCGCCUCACCUCCACCUCCCCCGUACUCCCCUGCCAGAGGCGCAGACAUCCUAGACAUGCUAACCGGUGCCGCACCCGCCACCACCCCUGCCGUCAAGCGAACGCUGGGCAUUGUGGCUACGGGCCCUAAUGUGAUCAGUCUCACAGUCAAGGGUGUGGAAGAGGAAGAGCGGGGAAAAUUAUUCUUGGAGAAAGUGAAGGGCUUUUUGGAGAUAGAUCCUGGGAAGUUAGUUUUGUAGAUUGGCGGACCAGGGAGAGGGAUACCUUUCAUUUUUGUUUAUUUUUAGAUCGGGAAAUAGGGAGGAGCGAAGACAAGCUCUCCCUUUUUGCGUGUGUUGGAGGUUAUGGGUGUGGUUGCGGAUGUAAGAUUGCACGUAUGUCGGAAAAGUGGGAGGAGAUAGAGUAUCGAGUGACAUUCUAUGA